AUGUUGCUCAACCACGACUUCUUCCUUCUUCCGUGGCUGGAGACGAGCAUCUGGACAUGCUGGGGGGGUCCCGAGUGGGGGCAGCGGGAGGCCACCCCACCUAGAGACGCCCCCCUGCCGAGUUUUGGCUUCACACAGGAGCAGGUCGCGUGCGUUUGUGAGGUCCUCCAGCAAGCUGGCAACAUCGAACGCCUCGGUCGUUUCCUCUGGUCACUGCCAGCAUGCGAGAGAUUACAUGCCCACGAGUCCGUGCUAAAAGCUAAGGCAAUGGUAGCCUUCCACAAAGGCAACUUCAAAGAGCUGUACCGGUUGCUGGAGUCACACAAUUUUAGUGCUCAUAAUCAUGCUAAACUUCAGAAUUUGUGGCUUAAAGCUCAUUACCUAGAAGCCGAACAGCUGCGCGGGCGGCCGUUGGGUGCCGUCGGAAAGUACAGGGUGCGACGCAAGUUUCCUUUGCCCAGAACUAUUUGGGACGGCGAGGAGACCUCGUAUUGUUUUAAGGAAAAAUCCCGGUCAGUUCUCCGAGACUGGUAUCUGCACAACCCAUAUCCUUCGCCACGCGAGAAGAGGGAGCUCGCCGAGACCACGGGACUCACGACAGUACAAGUAUCAAAUUGGUUUAAAAAUCGACGGCAGAGAGAUCGUCAAGCAGAACAUAAAGAUAGCGGCGGCCCAGGCGACAAGCAACUGGACUCCUCGACCGACGACGAUAGCGACGCACCCCACCAGCAGCCGCAGCCACAAGCUCACCAACCCCAGCCUUUAUACCCGCUUUACGAACAUCCUCUUGCACAUUUACACUAUCACCAUACUUCGCCUUGUUAAUUUUACACUGUACAUUAUUUUAAUACUUUUUCUAUAUUAUAAUAAACAAAUUAGCCAGGGAAAAAGAUUUGCCAGCAGCAUUAUCAGCCUUUAGCAUAUGCACACUGUCAUCAUACUCUCAUUACCUUAAAAACUUAACACUAAUGUUUUUAUUGAAUAUCAUUAUGUUUGUACCAUCAUGGUAUUCAUCUACAUUUUUGUGAAAACACUCCACUAGUUUGUUAUUAAUUACAAAGGUCUAACAAACACAAAGACAACGUAGCCAUGUUCUAGUCCAAUCGGGCAGAAAGGAUUUUUCUGAGUGUUUUUUCGAUCUUGUUAUAAAACCUAACACUAAGUUCAAAUUUAAAAUAAAACUGUGCACUAAAAUAAAACUAGUUUUUCGGAUCUCUUUCAAUCUAUCCUUUUUAACAUUGUAAUAUCCUUUAGAUGACUUUACCAUCAAGGUCCCGAAUAUACGCAAUUUAGAUCCUAAAUGCUAGUUAUAUUUCCUAUCUGUAACAAUCGCAAAAACCUAAGAAAUAUGUAUUAUUUUUAAACUACAAUAAAAACUAGUCUCGACAAUUGUAUAGUACCUAUAUCGUAUAUUAACACGAACAUCAUUCACUGUGCUCACAUUACACCAUUAUUAUUUAAUUUUACUCUCUUUUUAAUCACUCCAAGCUAACUGUACACUACAGUUAUAUAUUAAAGCACCAACUACACACUAACUUCAAAUUACGAUAAAAAUUAGGACUCGUAAUACAAAAUUUCUUUCAACUUACGUUCACAUUUGGCUUUAUUAAAAUACCAAGUAUACGAUUUCAUGUUAUAUAAUCAGACAUGCCAACUAUAAGUGUCUUUAGUAAUUUACAUUAUAGGAGGCGACGGUAUGAUGUUCAAAGAAAAAGGGCACAUUCAUCGUCGAACAAGCGGGUUGUGUUGAACUUCACCAUGUUCACAAUGAAUACUUAUGUCGUCGACAUACCAAAAUAACAAUGACGAACUCCCAUAUAAACUUUU